GGGCGGGGGGGUGGCGGCCGCGGCGUGUGAGGAGGGGUCGGCGGGGCCGCCUCCCUCCCCGCGGAGAUGGUGCCGGGGCGCCGGGGCCCGGAGCGCGGCGGGGGGCGGCGGCGGAGGGGAGGCCGGCCCCUCUCGGCUCCGGGGGAGGCGGCUGCGGAGCCGUGCCGGCGGGGCCCGCGCCGCCAUCUCCUCCGCCUCCUGCCGCCGCUCCUCCUGCUGCUGCUGCUGCCCGCCGCCGCUCGGGCCGGCUCCGCGUUCGGCUCCGGGCCUCCGGACUGGCCUCCAGCCGGCCCCGGGCCCAGUCUGAGUUUGUACCUGAGCGAGGAGGAGGUGCGGCGGCUGAUCGGACUGGAUGCGGAGUUAUCUUACGUGAGGAAUGAUGUUGUCAAUCAUUAUGCAUUGUCCUUCAAUCUCCUAAUUCCCAGCGAAACCAACAAUCUUCACUUCAGUUGGCAUGCUAAAUCCAAGGUUGAGUAUAAACUGGGAUUUCAGGUAGAUAAUCCCAUGGCUAUGGCUGUGCCCCAGGCCAACAUUUCCUUACAAGGAGAAGUUCCUCGCACCCUCUCAGUGUUUCGUGUUGAACUCUCCUGCACUGGCAGACUCGACUCCGAGGUCACAAUAUUAAUGCAGCUCAACUUGACAAUAAACUCAUCCAAAAACAUCACAGUUUUAAAUUUCAAACGAAGGAAAAUGUGCUACAAAAAGCUUGAACCAGAGGUAAAAUCUCCAACAUCUGACAAAAACAGCAGCAAGGCUAUCUAUGAUCCUGUAAAUGCAGCUCCCACCACUUCUACCCGUGUGUUUUACAUCAGCGUAGGCGUGUGCUGUGCUGUUAUAUUCCUGGUGGCAAUAAUACUAGCUGUCUUGCAUCUCCACAGUAUGAAAAGGAUAGAAUUGGACGACAGCAUCAGUGACAGCAGCAGCUCCCAAGGUUUAUCCCAGCCUUCCACGCAGACCACGCAGUACUUGAGAGCUGACACACCCAACAAUGCAACGCCAGUAACCAGUUAUCCUACGUUACGGAUAGAGAAGAAUGAUCUUAAAAGUGUCACUCUGAUGGAAGCAAAAGCUAAAGUGAAGGAUAUAGCCAUCUCCAGGGAGAGGAUAACUCUAAAAGAUGUGCUCCAGGAAGGCACAUUUGGGCGCAUUUUCCAUGGAAUACUAAUAGAGGAAAAAGAUCCCAGUAAAGAAAAACAAGUUUUUGUGAAAACUGUUAAAGAUCAAGCCUCAGAGGUGCAGGUGACAAUGAUGCUGACUGAAAGUUGCAAACUCAGAGGACUUCAUCACAGGAAUCUGCUGCCUAUCACUCAUGUCUGUAUAGAAGAAGGAGAGAAACCAAUGGUGCUGCUGCCAUACAUGAACUGGGGGAACCUUAAACUAUUCUUGCGACAGUGCAAGCUGGUAGAGGCCAACAAUCCUCAGGCAAUUUCCCAGCAGGAUCUUGUACAUAUGGCUAUCCAGAUUGCCUGUGGAAUGAGUUACUUGGCCAGACGGGAGGUCAUUCACAAAGACCUGGCUGCUAGAAACUGUGUCAUUGAUGAUGCACUUCAGGUGAAGAUCACGGACAAUGCGCUAUCUCGAGACUUAUUUCCUAUGGACUACCAUUGCCUGGGAGAUAAUGAGAACAGACCUGUUCGAUGGAUGGCUCUGGAAAGCCUGGUUAACAAUGAAUUUUCCAGUGCUAGUGAUGUGUGGGCCUUUGGAGUAACACUGUGGGAACUGAUGACUUUGGGACAGACUCCCUACGUCGAUAUCGACCCCUUUGAGAUGGCUGCAUAUUUAAAGGAUGGCUAUAGAAUAGCUCAGCCAAUCAACUGUCCUGAUGAACUCUUUGCUGUGAUGGCCUGCUGUUGGGCCCUAGAUCCUGAAGAAAGACCCAAGUUUCAGCAGCUGGUGCAAUGUCUAACUGAAUUUCAUGCAGCAUUGGGAGCCUAUGUCUGAAACUGCAGGAAAAGAUUCAGUUCACCAAUUGGGAAGAAGGCAUGGCAUACAUUUGCAGCUCCAUGCAUCACUCGGACUCGCACACGUGAUGUGUAUAAAGCAACACUAAAGGGAGAAAGCACUUCUUCCAAAACACCGUGCCUUAGAAUGCUUUAGUAGUCUGAAGUUUUUUUGUAAGACCUCUUGAUGUUGAAUAUUUUCUAGAUAUCACUUUUGCUAAGUUAAAUUGAGACCUUUUUAUUUGCCAGCAGGAUUUUUAAAGUGUAGUGAUAGUGAACUUGAACACAAGGUUUGGAUGAACUUUGCACUCUUACGACAGACACGUGAUUUUUUUGAAGGGCAUAUGGAACUGGUAGAGAAGUGAGGGUGGGGGAAUUAAUGCAAAAAAAAAAAAAGAGAAACACUACAGAAAAAAUUC